CCCAGUUAACAUGCAAUGGAACAGAGCAAGCGAUUAGAGAGAUGAGCAAAUGGGUUGUAAAUAAAUUACUGGAAAUGAUCAAUAUAUCCCAUCAAUCACAAAUGUGGCUAGGGUGAAACGCUCUAUCUGGUCAGAGAAGCAGAGCAACAAAGCAUGGGUGGCGGAGUUACCUCUUCAUGCAAUUUCUUGUUAAGGCCAAAUCCAAUCUGUUGUACGGGGAAGCAAAUAUCUUGCUUCACUAGAAUUCAAUUUCACAAUGGAAAUGGGCACCGCAGCGCCAAAUUACGUAGCAGAAGAAGUGCAAAAGUUGUAAACUGUGCAGCUCUGCCUCUCCCUGAAGCGCUUCUUUUUGACUGUGACGGUGUGCUGGUGGACACGGAGCGCGAUGGUCACAGGGUCUCCUUCAAUGAAGCUUUCCAAGAGAAAGGCUUGAAUGUGAGCUGGGACGUGGAGCUUUAUGGAGAAUUGCUGAAGACUGGCGGUGGAAAGGAGCGAAUGACUGCCUAUUUUAACAAGACAGGGUGGCCAGAUGCAACUCCCAAUACAGAAGGUGAAAGAAAGGAGUUUAUAGCUUCUCUUCACAAGAGAAAGACAGAGUUAUUUAUGUCUCUCAUUGAAAAACGACUGCUUCCUCUUCGUCCAGGUGUUGCAAGGAUAAUUGACGAGGCAUUGACAGACGGAGUCAAAGUUGCUGUAUGCAGCACAUCAAAUGAGAAGGCGAUGGCUUCCCUAUGCUCCUUGAUAGACAUGUCCCGCAAAUUUGCAAGAUCUCAUGUUUCAGCCAUAGUACAAGGCUUGUUGGGUUCAGAACGGGCCCAAAGGAUGUCAAUAUUUGCUGGGGAUAUUGUGCCUCGCAAAAAACCUGACCCUGCCAUCUACAUCCUUGCAGCAACAACGCUUGGAGUUAAUACAUCAAGGUGUGUUGUGAUAGAAGACAGCGCUAUUGGUCUUGCAGCAGCCAAAGCAGCAGGGAUGAAGUGCAUAGUGACGAAAAGUGGGUAUACAGCUGAAGAAGAAUUUGAUAAAGCAGAUGCAAUUUUCGAUUAUAUUGGUGAUCCUCCAAAUGUACAAUUUGACUUGGAAUUUUGUAAAAAAUUAUUAGAGAAACAAUAUGUGAGUUAGUAAAUUUGUUAAAACAAAAUGGUUAUAUCCAUUUAUAUGUAUUUAUUAAUGUUCUUCAAUUUAAUAAAAUCAAUAAUUUGUCUGAUUUCUUAAAUAAACUUUAUAUAAAAUGGUAAGAUUUAUGCAUU